CUGCCGUCGACUCGACUCCUUGUUUCACUCUUUCCCAAUUUGUCCUUGCCUCUCUCGAUCUCUCCUGCUACAAUUCUUGGAGUCGGUGAAGGGAGAGUACCAGAGCUAUGAGAAAACCUUGCUGUGAUAAACAAGGAAAUAACAAAGGAGCUUGGUCCGCGCAAGAAGAUCAGAAGCUCAUUGAUUAUAUUAAAACUCAUGGUGAAGGUUGUUGGCGAUCUCUUCCUAUGGCUGCAGGUUUGCACCGCUGUGGCAAAAGUUGCAGGCUAAGAUGGAUAAACUAUCUUAGGCCAGACAUAAAACGUGGUAACUUUGGCCAGGAUGAAGAGGACCUCAUUAUCAAGCUACAUGCCCUCCUUGGAAAUAGGUGGUCAUUGAUAGCAGGAAGAUUACCAGGAAGGACUGAUAAUGAGGUGAAGAACUAUUGGAACUCCCAUUUAAAGAAAAAGCUGAUAAACAUGGGAAUAGACCCAAAUAAUCAUCGGUUGAACCAAAUUCUUCCUCGUCCUCAAACUGAGCCUGCUCCUGUUCUUGCUACAUCAACUACUACGGGGUCUAAGAAUACUAUUACCACAAGCAAACCAGAGAAAUCAUCAAAUGAUGACAAUGAUAGGGUUUCUGACACAGCCAGUUGUCUUGAAGAUGAUUAUAAAUCUUUGGAGAAACAGCAAGUUGCUACUUCUGGUUCCUCGAACAUUAAUCUUGAUCUCACCAUUGCAGCUCCAGCUUCUCCUGGUCAUAAGACCAGUUUUGGAAACGAGCAACAAAAUUGCAAUUGGGGCAAAACUUGCCAAGUUGAGAGCGAGCCAACAUCCUUGCCGACUCUAAUUCUUUUUAGAUGAGGCAAUUCCUUGCCAGCCAUGGCAUGCAGUGAAUUCAGUUAGCUGCCUGAUGUUCUUGGAAAUUAAAUCAGCUAAGAUGUUACCAGCUAGGUUUUUUUUUUUUUUUCCUAGCUAGUUAACUAGAAGGAGAAUUAUUUUGUCGAUAAUUAUUACCACCUUCAUUGCUGAAUAGUUAGAGAUUAAUUUAAUGUAACCUACUUCUGUUGCAUUUAAGCAAUAAUUAAGAAAAGGGAGAAUGGAUGGCUAAUUAAUCUAGCUCCUGAUUAAAUAAA